CCACCUGCUCCCACCAUGAAGAAGGAAAUACUAACCCUGGCUUUUGCUCGAGCCGUCUUUGUGGAGUUCCUCUGCACACUCAUCUUCGUCUUCAUCGGGCUGGGCUCGGCACUGAAGUGGCCGUCGGCGCUGCCCAGCAUCCUGCAGAUCGCGCUGGCCUUCGGGCUGGCCAUCGGCACCUUGGUGCAGGCCUUCGGUCACAUCAGCGGCGCCCACAUCAACCCCGCCGUGACCAUCGCCUUCUUCGUAGGCAACCAGAUCUCCCUGCUCCGCACGCUGCUCUACGUCGUGGCCCAGCUGGUCGGGGCCAUCGCCGGCGCCGGGAUCCUCUAUGGCGUCACCCCUGCCAACACCCGCGGCAACCUGGCCAUCAACGCACUCAACAACAACAUAACCCCAGGCCAGGCCCUGGUGGUGGAGAUCAUCCUCACCUUCCAGCUGGCCGCUUGCAUCUUUGCAUCCACGGACAACCGGCGCAACGGCGUCGGCUCCCCAGCACUGUCCAUCGGCCUCUCGGUCACCCUGGGCCACCUGGUGGGGAUUUACUUCACCGGCUGCUCCAUGAACCCUGCACGCUCCUUCGGGCCCGCCGUUGUCACCAGGAGGUUCAGCCCCGUGCACUGGGUGUUCUGGGUUGGGCCCAUCCUUGGGGCUUGCUUGGCCUCCCUGCUCUACUUCUACAUCCUGGUCCCCUACUGCAUGAACAUGUCUGACAGGGUGGCCAUCAUCAAGGGCACCUACGAGUCCGAGGAGGAGUGGGAAGAGCAGCGGGAGGAGAGGAAGAAGUCCAUGGAGCUGACCCCGCCAUAA